CCGUGCGACGGCACAUUAAACAGAACGCAUGCGCGGAGUUCUCUGGCUAGCACUGGAUAACGAGCACGCGUUAGAGAAAUGGAUUCCCAAAAAGAAUUGCAGCCUCCUAAACAGCAGCCUAUGAUCUACAUCUGUGGAGAGUGUCACACUGAAAAUGAGAUAAAGGCCAGAGACCCUAUCAGAUGCCGUGAGUGUGGCUACAGAAUCAUGUAUAAGAAGAGAACCAAAAGAUUGGUUGUGUUUGAUGCCCGAUGAACUUUGUUUACAUUCUGGAUUUUCCUUCCACAGGCACGCUCAGUGUUUUUUGUUUUUUUUCUCCUUUUAUUAAUUCCUGAUUUAGUUGUAAAAUGUAGUACACAAGUUGAAUUGUUAGUUAAAAUCCAAAUUUCUUACAAAAAUUUUGAAUGGUUGUCUUGAUUUUAAUCUUGUCCAAACUAUACAUUUUAGAGUUGCAAAAUCAAAAUAUGCAAAAGAGUUUUUCCAUCCCAAUAUCUGGGUCUGUAUUGAACCUUUAGGCUUUUGCUGUGAUCUGUGAUAACCGAAAUUGCAAAAAGAAUGUGUAAAAAAAUUUUUAUACAAAGCUGUUUUUAGUGCCUGGCCCUGUUUUGGAAAAGAAGUAAAAAAAUUGUUUUUUAUAUAUAUAUAUAUAUAUAU